AUGUCUCAUAACAUUGAUUUUGUUACUUUUUUAAAGAACGAACAUGGAAUUCAAAUCGAUAUCAAUCAAUACAUAAAAUACAAUAACAUCCAUGCGUUUUUUAUUCAUUUUGAUAUGAUUAAUGACAUCAAAGGAUUCAUUGUUAAUUCAUGUUUUUACCCAAAUAUAUGGGAAAGCAUUCUUUCUAUAUUGCCAACAAACAUUGAUAAAGAAUGUCAAGCACUAAGACGCAAUGCUAUAAAGAUUGCAACUCAAUACUAUUAUCAUUUUCAUGAAGGAGAUGACAAUGAAAAAGAUGAAUAUGGAAAAACCAUUCUUCAUUAUGCUGCACAAUAUUUUGGGAAUUUAAACUUGCCAGUUGAUAGUAUGAAGACAGAUUUCGAUGCAAUUGACAACGAAGGAAAAACUCCUCUGCAUUAUGCAGCUAUAAAUUGUAGUGAUGAUAUUGCAGAAAGGCUAGUUUCGUAUCAGUUUCAUUACAGCAUAUGUGACAAUACAGGGAAAACAGCUCUUCACUAUGCAUUAAUAUAUAAUAAGACCAAUACUGUAUCUCACCUGAUUGAAUCUGAAGCAAAUGUCAAUAUAUCUGACAAUGAUGGAAAACUUCCUCUUCAUUAUGCAGUAAUUAGUGAUAAUAUAGAACAUGCAUUAUUAGUCAUGGAGCAUACAAAAGAUAUAAGAAAACAGGAUAAUAAUUUAAAAAUCCCUCUUGAAUAUGCUAUCCACAACUAUGAUAUGUUCUUUCGAUUGUGUAAAGCCUAUAGAGGAUACGAAUUACAGGAUGCUUUGAAAUGCUAUAAUGCGGCUGAUAAUGAUAUUCGAUCAGAUAUUUAUUUGUGGGAACAUAAUGCAUGGUCUCCCGGAGAUGACUAA